CCGCAGCCCCAGCGUCCUGCUCAGCUAAGCCCGAGGCUCCGCCCGCUCGGGCCUCCGACCGCGGCCUUGGCCGGGUGCAGUAGCCCCCGCCUCCCGGAGGAGAGGCCUAGGCCCUGGGGGCGGGGCGGGCGGCAAGGCCACACCCCGGCGCCGCGACCCCGACCCAGUGCGGUCAAGAUGGCGCUGGCGGCUGGAGCGCGCGUCUUGUCGCGUGCCCUGCUCUGCCCGUGGGCCUUGCUCCGGGGCGCGACCAUCAGGCGGACGGAGCCGACGGCCGGCAGCGGGGACAGCGCGCGGCGUUUCGGGACCCAGCGGGUGCUGGUGGAGCCGGACGCAGCCGCAGGGGUCGCCGUGAUGAAGUUCAAGAACCCCCCAGUGAACAGCCUCAGCCUAGAGCUGCUGACAGAGUUCAUUAUCAGCCUGGAGAAGCUGGAGAAUGACAAGACCUUCCGAGGCGUCAUCCUGACUUCGGACUGCCCCAGGGUCUUCUCCGCAGGCCUGGACCUGACAGAGAUGUGCGGGAAGAACCCGGCCCACUACGCCGAGUACUGGAAGGCGGUGCAGGAGCUGUGGCUGCGGCUGUACCUAUCCAACCUGGUGCUGAUCGCCGCCAUCAACGGAGCCUGCCCGGCCGGAGGCUGCCUUAUCUCCCUCACCUGCGACUACCGGAUCCUGGCUGACAACCCCAAGUACCUCAUUGGGCUGAACGAGACCCUGCUGGGCAUCGUCGCCCCCUUCUGGUUCAAAGACACCCUUGUGAACACCAUUGGGCAUCGUGCCUCAGAGCAGGCCCUGCAGCUGGGGUUGCUCUUUCUGCCAGCAGAGGCCCUCCAGGUGGGCCUGGUGGACCAGGUGGUGCCUGAGGACCAGGUGCUGAGCACAGCGCUCUCGGUGAUGGCCCGGUGGAUGGCCAUUCCAGAUCACGCUCGACAGCUGACCAAGAACAUGAUGCGAAAGACCACGGUAGAUCGCCUGGUGAAGCAGCGCGACACGGACAUCCAGAACUUUGUCAGUUUCAUCUCCAGAGACUCCAUCCAGAAGUCCCUGCAGAUGUACUUAGAAAAGCUCAAACAAAAGAAAGGCUAAGGGCUGGGCUGCCAUGCAGGGGUUUUAGCCGUUUGCACCCUUCUGGGGGCCCUAUGGUUCCAAGGGAUUUAAAGAAGGUGUUUUCCAAUUUAAA